GACACCAGGGGACGAAAAAUGAUAUAAACGUUCAGGACAUUUCCUACGCGUUUAUGGUGAAGUAACAUGUGAAAUGGAGAACGUUCAGUGUCUGCUGCUUUUCGUGCUCAUUGCCGGAACAAUGAGCCAGGCAGAAAUCAUCUGUCAGGAAGUUCUGAACGAAUGUCGAAAGAACAACACGAUUCCGUGGACCAGGUGCUAUGACAGUUUCAUAACUACAUGCCACAAUAGAGCAUCUCGGAGGAGGAGGACUGAUGAAAUCUUGAAUUUCUACCUGUGGGACUCUCACUCGUAUGACGAUGUAGAGGAUGAAACUCGGGAGGGGCAUGUCAUCCACAUCCCCAGAGAGGCCCUGGGAAAGCGUUUGCGUGUCAACAGGAGCACCCAAGUGGCCGUGACAGUGUUCAACAGCAGUCUUUUCCAGGCUAAAAGUGAGACACAUAAGGUGAUGGGGGGCGCAGUUCUGGGCGUGAUGGUUGGGACCCAGCCUGUGAGGAACCUCCCCAGGCCCGUGAACAUCUCCUUCAGGCACGGCAACCAGAACCUGACGGGAGGACGCUGUGUGUUCUGGGAGGAACCCGAAGACCGCAUCGGCGCAGGUCGGUGGAGUACAAAGGGUUGCACAACAGGCAGAACCGGCCAGCGCUUCGUCUGCAGCUGCGACCACUUGAGCUUCUUUGCUGUGCUGAUUGUUCCCAUCCUAUCCUUGAAAAUCGACACAACACACAGUGAUACUAUAGAGAGGAGUUACCAUUGUUUCCCUCAGAACCCUGACGUAUCCGUAGACCCCGCCAACGCUCAGGCUCUGUCCAUCAUCAGCAGCGUGGGCAGCGGGCUGUCCCUCCUCUGCACUAUCUCAGCCUUAAUCAUGCAUCUGUGUCUGAGGAAGGGCAAGUGUGAGCCGUCGAUGUGGAUACACUGCAACCUGACGGCGGCUCUGUUUCUGCUGCAUCUCCUCUUCCUGCUGAGCGUGUGGUGGGCGAAGCUGGCAACAGGGGGUGCUGUUUGCCUCGCCGCCGGCCUGCUGCUCCACUACUCCCUCCUCACGACCCUCACCUGGUUCGCCAUCGAGGGCUUCCACCUCUACCUGCUGCUGGUCCGCGUCUUCAACAUCUACAUCAGCAGAUACCUGCUCAAGCUGGGACUUGUGGGUUGGGGUGUUCCUAUGGUGACAGUAAUUGCCUGUGCCCUCGCUGGGGUGUACAGCAGCGACAAGCUCCACAUUAUCCAGGACAGCAAUGCCACAGCCAGCAUAUGCUGGAUUACGGGGAGGACCGCGCAGUACAUCACGGUCAGCGGCUACCUGGGCCUGGUGUUCCUCUUCAGCGCGGCCAUGCUGGGCGUGACCAUGGUGAAGCUGUGGAGGGUGAGAAACCACCCUUCGCGGUACAAGGAGAGCAGGAGGAUGAAGAUGUGGAGGAGCUGCGUCACAGUUCUGGGGAUCGGCUGCAUUCUGGGGGUGCCCUGGGGGACGGCCUUCGCCACCUACGGCCCUCUUUCGCUCGCUGGCGUCUAUGUCUUCACCAUACUCAACGGCUUCCAAGGUGUGUUUGUGUUCCUCUGGUUCCUCACACUCACCUGCCAGCCACACUCAGAGGAGAGCUCUGCAGGGUCUGAUCCCACCACACAGAAGAUGGAGACCAGCUUCAACAGUUGAUCAAUACCAUCCCAACACCCCCUCUGUCUUUUUGGGGGUGGGGGGGCACAGUUUACCCUAAUGAGCAAUUCCUCACUUCGUUUCAGACUGUCUUAACAGAUAUUCCUUCAUGCCUUGUUUUCAUUCACUAUCAACAAACUGUUAGCAAAUUUUUGCCCAGUGGACUGACCUGAUCAGCUUUACAAAAUUCAAGAUGAAACCAUUAAAUCAAGAUCUUCUGCUCUGUGCAGCCUGACUUUUAAAUCUCUAGCCCCUUGCUAGCAGAUGGCUACAGUACUUCUCCUCUAGAACCAGAGGCAACUGGAGAAUUCUGCAAAAUGAAAUUUUAUUUCAUAUGCAGGGA